UCCGUGACCUCGUGCCACAAUAACAUCCAGGAGCAGCUAGCAAGAGCACCGACAGCAGUUGUAAACAGUGGAAAAAACACGCGGACAUGGUUUUAUUUUAUACUAAACUGUUUGUAAUUUAGUGAAAUGACUUUGAAUCGCUGGUUUCGACUUUGCUCUUCGUGCAGUCGAGUUUUUCACAGCAGCAGCGGAGGAAACAGAAAGAGACUUGAAUGGAGGACACUUCAAAGUGUGGCUGAGGUGCAACACUGGAGCAGACUUGCACCAAAACGCCUCUGUCACAGUGGUUUAAGGGACUUGUACAAGACCGAGUCCGUUCAGAGGUAUCUCCAGCAGCUGAUGGAGGACUACGAAGACCUGAAUAAGAAGCUGCAGCAUGUACACCUCAGUGAAUCAGACAGAAAAGAGCUCAUGAAGAGACACACUGAGCUGCUGCCUGUGGCAAAUGUGUUUCAGAGUAUUGAACGAGCCAUGAAAGACCUGGAGGAAGUCCUUUCACUCCUGCGUAGUAAGUUAUAGCCCACUUUGCAUUCGUGUAAUAAAUCAUGACACAAUCAUAGUUCUUUAGGUCUUGAAAAUGUGCAUUUAAUAUCUCAAACCAUCUCUGAUUCUGCCAUAAGACAUUAACAGUCUGUUAGGUUCAACAAUAAAUCAAAAAUCCAUUUUUAUGACACUCAAAUACUGACUGCAGGUUCAGCCGGCACUAAAGAUGAAGAUGAACAGCUCACUCAGCUGUUAAAAGAGGAAGAAAAGCAAAUUUCCUGCAAAAUUUUGGCCUUAAGAAAAGACGUAAGAGCCCAAAGUGUGAUCACACAUGAGUAGAAAUGUAAAGUCUGGUGUUUUAUGAUAACAAGUGUUGCCUUUCUCUCCAGCUGAUCAAAACUCUAGUGCCUGUCGACCCACUCGACCCCAGUGACGUUGUGCUGGAGGUCGUAUCAGGUCGAACAACAGGAGGUACGAGACAUUUCUUCUAAUCGGCAAUUCUUGACUAAUUCUACUCAAGCCUUCACAGUGUAACUCUUAUGUGCUUUUGUGGAUGCAGGUGAUAUCUGUCAGCAGUUCACCAGCGAGAUGUUUGACAUGUACGAAGGAUUUGCCUCCUAUAAGAACUGGGACUUUGAGGUGUUGAAUUACACUCCUGCUGAGUAUGGUAUGUCUACUUCUGUUUGCAUUUUGGUGCAUUUAUUCUCACAGUUUCAGUGAUAAUUAGUAGAUGGAAAACUAAUCAGUAAUGCUAAAACCUUAAGUGAGGUGAUAAUCUGUAUUUCUUUCCAAAAGAUAAGAUCCAGUGUUUUGAAACAGUCUAUUUCAAAAACAUAAAAAACUGCAGACAGGAGCUUCAAACACCUUUAAAUUCAAGUGUGAAGAGGGUCAAAGCAUCCACAGCUGUUCCAGUAAAGACAGCAUGACCUGACUGUGUCUCUGUCUCAGGUGGUUUACACCAUGCAGCAGUGAGAAUAGCUGGGGAGAACGUGUACAGACUCCUAAAGCAUGAAGGAGGGACACAUCGGGUGCAGAGGAUCCCUGAGGUGGGCCUUUCCUCCAGGAUGCAGCGUAUCCACACAGGAACAAUGACUGUCAUAAUCCUGCCUCAGCCAGUGGAGGUAAAAUGAGCACAUCGACAACUUCUUCAUCUGUCUGUGUCCCAUUAGGAUGUCUGAAAAAGGAUUAACUCUGUCUUCUAAAUCAUUCAUAGUUUGAUGUUAGUAUCGAUCCAAAGGAUCUUCGCAUCGACACGUUCAGAUCUCGAGGUGCUGGAGGCCAAAGUGUCAACACAACAGACAGUGCCGUGCGCAUCGUUCACCUUCCAACAGGUUAAACCUCCAAACUGAACAGAGCAGCUCCAACAAUUUACAUUCAUACAAGCAGCAGGUGUUGAUGCUGUCUCCUAAAAUAGGUUUAACAGCGGAGUGUCAGCAGACUCGCUCGCAACUGCAAAACAGAGACAGAGCCAUGCGUAUGUUGAGGGUGAGGCUGUACCAAAGCAUUAUGGGAAAAGAGACCGAGCAGAGGCACACAGCACGGAAGCAGCAGGUUAGUAAACUCCUACAGCGAGAGGAAACAUUUGAUAAAUUCACAAAUCUUUGUCACAUGAUCACCUCGGUUUCUCACUCCAGGUGGGCAGUCGUUCUCAGUCAGAGAGGAUUCGAACCUACAACUUCAGCCAGGAUCGAGUAACAGACCACAGGACCGGAUAUGUCACCAGGGAUAUUGAUGUAAAACCUGCGUGAAUCAUAAGGAAAGUGUCAGACUCAGCUCUCUCUUGUUUGUUAAAACUGACUUCCGAUGUGUUUUUGUUCUUGUCUAGGAGUUCAUGAGAGGAGGAGAAGCCCUACAAGAUCUGAUCUCUGAUGUGCGUGAACAUGCUGAGAGGGAGGCGCUGAUGGAGGUUAUGGAGAGCAGCAGCAGUUUAAAAUCACCGGGACAGGGUAACUCAUCAAAAUGACACAAAAGAAACUGACUGUCAAGUAUCCUGGACUUACAGUUUAUCAUUUCGGGGCUUCAUCUUGUAUUAUCUGAAAAUUAAUAAUACUAUUUAUGCUGGAGCAGUUGUGAAGAUGCACCUGAAGCCGUCAAAGAGCAGCUGCUCAUUUGGAUUAAAUUUGAGAUAUUUAUUUUUGUAAUAAAAUGGAAAAAUUCA